GACCAACCAGCCACCACCAUUGAGCCCAGCAGCUGGAGCGGCAGCGAGAGUCCUGCCGAGGACAUUGAAAGAAUGAGUGAUUCUGCAGAUAAACCUAUUGACAAUGACGCAGAAGGGGUCUGGAGUCCAGAUAUUGAGCAGAGCUUUCAAGAGGCUCUGGCUAUAUAUCCCCCUUGUGGGAGGAGGAAGAUCAUAUUGUCUGACGAAGGCAAAAUGUAUGGUAGGAAUGAACUGAUAGCCAGAUACAUCAAACUUAGGACGGGAAAGACACGGACCAGGAAACAGGUGUCUAGUCACAUUCAGGUUCUUGCCAGAAGGAAAUCUCGUGAUUUUCAUUCCAAGCUAAAGGAUCAGACUGCAAAGGACAAAGCACUCCAGCACAUGGCAGCCAUGUCCUCCGCUCAAAUUGUGUCUGCAACAGCGAUUCACAAUAAGUUGGGUUUGCCAGGAAUUCCCCGUCCGACGUUCCCUGGAGCACCUGGAUUUUGGCCUGGGAUGCUACAAACAGGACAGCCCGGAUCUUCUCAGGACAUAAAGCCAUUCGUUCAGCAGGCCUAUCCUAUACAGCCCACAGUCACAACUCCCAUUUCAGGAUUUGAACCCACGUCAGCUCCAGCACCCUCUGUUCCAGCUUGGCAAGGUCGAUCUAUUGGAACAACUAAACUCAGACUCGUAGAGUUUUCUGCUUUUCUAGAGCAACAAAGAGAUCCAGAUUCUUAUAACAAACACCUCUUUGUGCACAUUGGACAUGCCAAUCACUCUUAUAGCGAUCCAUUGCUGGAAUCAGUGGACAUUCGUCAGAUUUAUGACAAAUUCCCUGAAAAGAAGGGAGGCUUGAAGGAAUUGUUUGGAAAAGGACCCCAGAAUGCCUUCUUCCUAGUAAAAUUUUGGGCGGAUUUAAAUUGCAACAUCCAAGAUGAUACAGGAGCAUUCUAUGGUGUAACUAGUCAAUAUGAAAGUUCAGAAAACAUGACAAUCACCUGUUCCACCAAAGUCUGCUCAUUUGGGAAGCAAGUGGUGGAAAAAGUAGAGACUGAAUAUGCACGAUUCGAGAAUGGCCGGUUUGUGUUUAGAAUAAACCGCUCCCCAAUGUGUGAAUAUAUGAUCAACUUCAUCCACAAGCUCAAGCAUUUACCAGAGAAAUAUAUGAUGAACAGUGUGUUGGAAAACUUUACAAUUUUGUUGGUUGUAACGAACAGGGACACUCAAGAAACGCUCCUUUGCAUGGCUUGUGUAUUUGAAGUUUCAAACAGCGAACAUGGAGCACAGCAUCACAUCUACAGGCUUGUAAAGGACUGAAUAGUUAUUUAUAGACACCUUUUCAAUAUGACUUCUUACGAAAACACAGACUGUCAACCUCAACACUAAGUGGCAGUUUUCUUUGGCUGAGCUGUCCCCAACAUUUUUCUAAACCUCAUUGGGAGUGUGUUGAUAAAUAUUGUAGCUGUGAAAUUCUGGUACAGUUGUACAAAUUCUUUCUUAAAACAAAGUGUUCUUUAAAUUUAUAAAGCCACCCUUUUGGAGGGAGACUAUAUUUAAGAAUUUGUGAAAGUUUUAAUUUGUUGUGUUAGAAAAAUG